GGCGUUUCUCGCGCGCCGCUCCCCGCGUCCGGCGCGCGGCGGUUCUGGAAGGAUCCCGGCGGCGGGGCCGGCGGGCGCCAUGUCGGGGCUGCUGCACACCACGCUCAGCGGGCUCAACAGCGACUCGUACUGCGAGAUCAGCCAGUACCGGGACCAGCACUUCCGGGGUAGCAGGCAGCUGCAGGAGAAAUCCCUGAAGAUUUCCUCCACGCUGUAUGUCGGUAAUCUCUCCUUCUACACCACCGAGGAGCAGAUCCAGGAGCUGUUCUCCAAGUGCGGAGAUGUCAAGAGAAUUGUCAUGGGUCUGGACAAGAUCAAGAAAACCCCCUGUGGCUUCUGCUUUGUAGAAUACUACACGAGAGCAGAUGCUGAGCAUGCCAUGAGGUUUAUCAACGGCACACGGCUGGACGACCGCAUCAUCCGCACGGACUGGGAUGCAGGGUUUAAGGAGGGGCGACAGUAUGGGAGAGGAAAGACUGGAGGACAGGUGCGAGAUGAAUACCGGACAGACUACGAUGUGGGAAGAGGUGGCUUUGGCAAGAUCAUUCAGAUGCAGAAGGCAAAUCACCAGCCUGCAAUCUAUUAAUUGCUUCAUGAUUCCUAGCUCACAGAGGACUCUGUCCUUCCAGAGCUAGCCCUGUUCUCACAUUUGGGUUCAGGGUAUGGAGUGAAAUCCAAGUUCCUGCAAAAGGUGACUCUCCUUAGACUGCAGAUAUACAUGUGUUCAUUCUCCCUUCUUUCUGAGCUAGAGGGGAUGUUCUGUGCUGAUACAGGGCAACAAGGGAAAAAUGGACAGCUCUGUAGGAUUUUGGGCAAGAAGAAAUGUAGCAUGUCACACACAUCUUAUGCUAUGACAUACUCUUCAUGUUGCACUUAAGCAGGUGGCUUCCUCCAAGCUGCAGCUGCCACUGUGGUUGCUUUCAAACUGAACUUUUUUUAAAAGCUUGCCACCAUUGGAGCCCUCCAGGUGCCUGGGCACCCAGUGAGGAUGCACAAGAGAUUCAGGUUUCUAAUUUACAACCUUACCUGCUUAAUAAACAGUAUCACUGUCUGAAUGAGAGAGAAGUGGACAAGGUCUUACGCGCUUGGAGGUGCUUGUCUGCACAUCUAGCCCUUGGGUUGGUCAGGGCCUGCAGAACAUUUCUCUUUGUGAUGCCCCCAGUGCUGCCUUGCUUUUCGGAUCCUCACUGUUCGGUGUGGUUUUGUUAAAAGUUUCUGGUUUUUUUUUUUUUUUUUUUUAAAUAAAAAUUUUUUUUGGGUCUGACUGAGAUUGUGUCUGACGGUAACUUUACCCCUAGCAGCCCUCAUAGAGCUGUGUUUUGUAUUGGUAGCUAGGAAGGUGUUGAUAAAACACAAGUUUUGGCUUUUGUUCCCACAGCAUUAAGGCUGUCUCUGACAUUCCCACCUCACCAGCAGGCUGGGGUGGGGGCAAGAUCUUGGGAUAUUCCAGACGAUAUGGUAUCUGCUGAGCAGCAAUAGCUAAGAGAAGGGACAUGGGGGGCAUUCCUUAUUCAAACAUCUGUCUUCUGGAGCAGCUGCUCUGUGUACUGAAGCUGUGCUUCCCAGGAGGUAGCCGGACAUCUCCUGCUGGUUGAAAGUAGAGAAUAAAUAUUUAGUUUUUCUUUGCUCCCACA